AUGAUUGAUGCAGUAACCGUUUGUGGGCCGGGGUUUAAAGCCCCUAGUGAUACUGAGUUGAGUGGCCCUCUCUUAUUGGAAAUGGUGGAAGAUAUGAAAGUUGACCUAGAGGACCACCGCCAAUCUUGGAGCCAGAAGGGUUGCACCAUCAUGACAGAUGGUUGGACUGAUAGGAGGAAUAGAACACUCCUAAAUUUUCUUGUUUCCAGCGGAGGAUCCACCAUGUUUUUGAAGUCCAUCGAUGCUUCCUCACAUGUCAAAAAUGCGGCAUACUUAUGUGAGGCUAUUGAGGAAGUUAUAGAUGAGGUGGGGGAAGAAAAUGUGGUGCAAGUGGUGACGGAUAAUGCAGCAAGUUAUGUUGCUGCAGGAAAACUUUUGAUGGAGAGGCACCCAAAAAUCUUUUGGUCUCCAUGUGCGGCCCAUUGCCUUGACCUCAUGCUGGAGGAUAUAGGUAAGCUUGGAUGGGUGAAAGAAUGCGUUGAAAGGGCCAAGAAUAUAUGCAAAUUUAUUUACAAUCAUGCAUUGGUCCUUGGCAUUAUGAGGCAAUACACGAGGGAAAGGGAGUUGGCUCGUCCUGGCAUCUUUGAGGCGCAUGUUUGUUGGUGA